CGUGCCGAGAACCCGCUUCGUUGCGGGGUCAACUCCUCCGUCGAGGAGACUUUUCGUCGCGACAACAAACCGUCUAGUCGCGCGGUUUCACUUCUCGGUUGCAUGUCGUGUUCGACGCUACGCUUGUUACUAUUCCAUUUCACGAGAGUGUAUCGAAGUGUUCGCGAUCUCUGACGUUCAGUUAAAACACGGACCGUGAUAGGAAUAGAAAUUCUCGUCGAAAAUAGAAAGGGCAACAACUCGUUUAUAUUUGUCGAUCGGACUGUGGGUAAAGGAGUUCGGAACUUGAUCUUGAUAUCGUCCAAGUGACGGAUCGAAGCUUCGUAAUAAGGGAGCGUUGGUCCCGAGGGAGGUCGGUGAAUCCGUGGGAAGAGGGUCUAAGGAGAAGAAAGUGGACCCCGCUCUCCACCGGCUGCGAAACUCUUUUUGAGGAUAAAGAACGAUCCUCUCGGGAAACCGGUGGAGCGCGUCGAAGGGAAUCGCGAGCGUCGAAGAGCAAACGAGAGCCAGCUUUGCCUCUCGCCUUUCGCCUUUAACGUCCGUGGACGAUUUUCGUGUCUCCCAAAACGGCCGAUCGAUCGGGAUCGUUAAAACGUUACAACUAUAGAGGGAACGGAACGAGCUGGUUGUAUCUCGCAGCGGGUAAUUAAAGAUACAAUUAAUGGCCCGACAAUUAAAUAUAAUUAACUCGAGGGAUAGGAUACGUGGCGUCCGGCUGCCAAUUAGCGCAUUAGCGCCUUAUCGGGCAUCGGCCGAUCGUCUGGCCACGCUGCUGGUUACGCUCCAGACAAUAAAAUCACCGUAAUCGAUUCGGGGAGAGGCGGAGGGAAAGGGUUCGCGAGAGGUUACGUGAUUCGGACCCUGGAAGAGGAGAAGAAGAGACGAGGACUCGGCUACCGCGUAAUGAGGAUCGAUUAACCAGCCUUCGACGCGUUACCGUUCCCGGACGAUCCACUUUCGAGAUCGUCGAUUCGAGAUAGAAAGAUUCCGAGGGAACUUCGAGUAGCUGGUUCUUAAAGAAACGAUGAGAAUACCGAGCCAAGUUGCGCGCACUCUUUGAAGUCGGGCAACGAAGAGGGUACUUUCGCGAAACGAGCUGGAUUACAUGGUCGAGCGAAGGGUUAAAGGCAUCAACCCUGAACUUGGAACCUCGUGGCAACUUCGAAACCGCAACAUUUCGUAGACGAGAGGGAGUCGAAAGAAUGCUCGCAGCUGGCAGCUCGUGACAAACGGGGCUUCCGGUCAUCGAAAGCCACCAUCGGGGAGAUGAGUCAACCCUUCGGACGCGUUACGGAAAUCUUGGAAGGCACCACGUUGCAGCCGAGGGCGCCUUGUUAGAAUCCUCUCCUGUGCGAACCUGGGAUCUCGUCCUAUCUCCCUUCCGCACCCUCGCUUCUCUUCUUUUUUUCACCGAGUCACCGUCGUGUUCACGCUCUAAAAUCCAAAAGGACGACACCGGUUCUUCCCGUGUCUGCGUCUCGCUCGCACCCCGCGCGGUCUCGCUCGCACCCCCAUGAAAAGUUCCGAAACACGAAGAAAGGAUAAGCGGAGUGGUGGUUGGCGACGCCAGUGGGGACGCCGGGCUUCGGUAGGGGUUCGUUGGCAACGUGGUGGAAGAGACCUGGGGACGGUGGGGGCAUAGAAGCCUUCUGCCUCUGCUCCGAAACGAUCGGUGAAAGCGGCGAGCAACAGUGUGUCGCGCGACGCCGUCGAGUGAGCGUCGUUACGAACCGAGCGUAGACAAGACCGCUGCUGUUCCGGUUUCGCGUUCACGCGUGUGCGAUUACCAUCUUCGAUGAACACAUGUUCCUGGAAGGAAGCGCGAGCCAGCUGACACAGGAGAACCGGAGGCCGUGGAAAUCGAUCAAGCUCGAGCUUCCCCGUAGCGGAUUUCGAAACCGAGUGUCUCUCUUAGUGAUAAGGGAACGAGUGCGUCGAUUCGCGAUUCCUGAAGUUUCACGCAACGGAUCGGAUUCGACGCCGAGUGUGACAGAGAAAUGAUCGACAGUGGCAGUGCUAUGGAUUGACAGCGUAUGGCUCGCGAUCGCUCGAUCUCCCUGGAUCCACACAAGUGGAGAUUCGCAGCGAGAAGGACGAACAGCGACGUUCGUCCGAUUGUGAUCUCGAGAGUGAUAGAAGCUGGUCAGUGAUACGUGAGAGAAACCAAGUGAUAACAGCUUUCGGGGGAGAUUUUCUUAUUGUGUUUGCUGUGAUAAAAAGUGGUGCGCGAGGGAGGAGGCACUUUUUUAAGGAAAUGCGCUGCUAGCAAAUCGGCAAGGUGUCGCCCGAAUUCUUAAGCACACUGAGGUGGAGGAUGGAGGAGCUGGAGACGCUGGAGAGCACGGAGUGCCCCGAGUGCCCCGGGCCACCCCCGGAGUUCCGGUUGCCGCCACCCCCUCGGCCACCCUUCCUAACCGACGGCACCUUUUGCUCGGAGGAACCCCUCACCGAGAUCGAAGACUGCGUCGCCAUCCCGAUGAUCGACGCGUCGUAUCACACGAAUCCGUCGCUUCAGAGCACCGCGUUGAUCAUCACUUGCGCCGUGGUUCUUCUACUGACAGCAGCAAUCAUGUCCGUCGUCUUCUGGAAACACAAACGGAAAGUGCAGAACCUGCUGCCGUGCAAGAGCGCCGCGGGCGCAGCAGCCGCAGCCGCGGCGGCGGCGACCGGCGGUCGUAAUCGGGUUCUCGCCGACGGGCAAUCGGGAACCGGGGCCGGAACAGGGAACGCGGUGCUCUACGAGGACCUGCCGGAAGCGGUGACGCAUUCGCAGCUGCACCACAGACAGAAUCACCUGCCCAGCCACCACCCGACCCAGGCGCCGACGAUCGAGGUACGAAAUCAUCCCGAUCAGCGAGAACAACGGCUGCGACGCAACCCCGCGCCACAUCAUCUCGACUAUCUCGACUACCGGGACCCGAGGGCGAUCCUCCGCGUCCAGGACAAACCCUCGCGGGCCGUCUUGGGCGGAUAUCGCACGCCGCGUGCCCUGCUCGCCAAGUCCCAGGGCGUCCCGCUCUCGAUUGCCACGCACUCGCCCUCCCCGCGGUGCCAGACAACCCCGACCGGGAGUAACGUCCUCCAUAACAGCCACUUGAUGCUGGCUAGCCAGAACGCGUUGAUCACCAGCCAACAAUCCUUGACGUCCCCCCGCGACCCGGAAGAAACAGAUAAAUACUUGAUCGAUAAUUCUGUGUCUUCUCGGCCCGUUGAUACCCGGCUACCCAUCACGCCCACCCAUCGGCCCAGGCUCCAAACGCCUGCUCCCAAUCAAACUCGAUCCGUUCAGAGAGUCGCCUCCCGGGAGGAAUUGUCGAACCUCGGUAGACGACCGUCGGUCGAUUCCGAGGGUUACUCGUAUAUCAACUUCAAGGAGGAUCUGGAGUCCACGAGGUACGAUUCGAUUAAUCAGGAAAGAAGCAGAGUGUCCAAGUUGUUUCGGUCGUCGGUCAGGUCUAGCUCAGUAGAUUCCGACGGUUACUCGUACAUCGUGGACACCGGGUCCAGAAGGGCGCCGGGCACCGCGAGGAGGAUCGUGGCCGAGGGCACCGAGGAGGAGGUAUGUCCGCUUUGCACGAUGCAGCAGAUACACAGCCUCCUCAGCAAGCCCGAGGAUAUUUAUCUAAACGUCAAAACGUGACACUUGCCGUUCGCGGGAGAUAUUUUCUUGUAGAGACUGCCCUGUUUCCCCGAUUUUUCAUAUUUGGGCACAGGGGACUUCGCAUAUCCCGUGAUACAAGGCUCGCGGGGUUACCGUCCUCGUAUUGAAUUUCGUUUCAUCGGCGAUGUUAGAUUAUAAUCAGAUCGACAGAGACAUUUUUUUAUAAUGUGUUUUUGGGUGAAAUUCGUCGGUAACCCCGUUCGACGGGCCUCGCGCGUUCAACUCCAUUCGUAGUUCCAUCGUUAGUCUAGUGUCUUUUUCAGCGAAACUGGAGGAGUGACUCCCCGCUCUUUCAUCUGACGUUUAAUUUCUUAUUAGAUCGUUGCAUUCCACGAGGCGAUUUCCAUUGUCGUUUGGCUAUCAUCGAAGACACUAGCGGACUAGUCAGUAUUCGUUUCGUUGCCGUGCUUGCACAGUUGCACAGGCGACCGUGCCUUAUUAUUUAGUUACAAUUAUGCGAGCACGGUGCUCGAACGCACUCUAUGGUUGUAAAUAGGUUAGUUAGUUUCGUGCAGCUCGAUUGUAAAUAACAUACGGAAAGCGAGGCAUAAAGAAUCGUAUAAUUGAUAAUUGCAAUCGAGAAAUUCAGAUAGCUGUGCACCGCCCGAGUGAACAAUUAUCAGACACUUGCGUUUCCGCGUUUGUAUAAACGCUCAGAUAAAUCACGAUUAAUUAUUGCUGAUUAAUUAUUAUUAUUUAUUAUCGUCCCGGUAAUUGCGUCUUGUAAAUAAAUUCGGGAUUCGAGAAAGUAGAAAGGAAAUGUAGAGCGAGUGCGCGAGAGAGAGAGAGGGAGAGACCGAGCAAACGGAGAAAGUCCUGUACAUACAUAUAUAUACAUAUAUACAUAUAUAUAUAUUGGAGUACUGAGAGAGAAAGAAAGAGAG